AUGAAGAAAGAGAUCUUCGAAGUCAAGGCCACUGACGCCAUACGGAAGAACUUCAAGGAAGUGUGGGUUUGCGCCCCCGAGGUAAAGUCUAAGGCUGUUGCCUUGUGUAAUGAGCACGGAAUGACUAGGCUGGCAAAGGGUCUUAGUGACGCUGUGGUGGUAGCACCUAACGUGCGCUUAGGUGUUCUGGGAUUUCUACACCCCAAAAAAGUGGAAGGUAUCACUCCGGACGUCGCUGAAGAAGACAUGAUGGUCGCCAUGCAGUGGGCGAUGGACAAUGCCGCUGUCUUCGGCGCUGACCCUUCGGCGCUAAUGCUGGUCGGCAAUGGCUCGGGCGCCUACAUGCUCGUACAGGCUGCCGGCCGGCUCAGUGUCCCCGUAUCCCGGGCAGUCAUCGAGGGCUCCGUGUUCGUAUCCGGACUACCUGCGAACGACGCUUCAAUGGAUCCGUCGACGAAACUGGCUCAGAAGCUGGGCUGCGACGCCACCAACAGCACUACAUGGUUUACUUGCUUGACGGGCGUGCAGCUCGACAAGCUCCUGUCUACCGCAGCACAAAUGGACAUGCGCUUCGCCCCGGAGUGGGAUCCACUGUAUAUUAUCUUUGGAACCUCCGUGAAGAAGCUGCCUCCCAUCAAGGAGGCAAUCGCAGGCGCGGACUCCGCACAGCUUCCGUGGCAAACAUUCGGCUACGGCAUGCAAGACAACCCGACCGCGAAAAUGGACCAGCUGUGCGGAUCACCGUCGAGGUUUGAACGACCGCACUGGUGGGUUGUGUCGUGGAAAUAUUACGAGGGCCGCUCGUCGAAGGGCGUGUUUGUCUGGGUCACCAGUGUAGCGAGGAACCUGAGAGACGCGAAGGCGCUCAUCGACGAAUACGUGAGGCCUGCGGAAAAGGCGAGCGGCUACGACACGAAUACCGCAGAUCGCAUCAAUUUCACGGUGACGUACAUUAUAGGAAGCAAGAACACGUUGGCCUUGAACAAAGUGAUGGGUUUGGUGAAGGGUAUGACGGAAGACGAGCUGUUCGACUACCUCAAUCUGGCGCUGUCCGGCUGCGCUACACGCACCGUAGCUCAGACGGCCUCCGACAAAGGUUACCACUACCUCGUCAACGGAACAGGCAGACCACUGUUUCAACCGCUGCUCAGCACCGCCGACGUCAUCAAGUUCCUCUCUAAUGGGUGA